AUGGCUGCAGUAGCUCCUGGUUGCACAACUCUCACUCAAGAUCAGUAUGACCACUUCAUGGAAAAAGGUUAUAUAAUACUCCAUGAUUGUUUCACUAGAGAACAAGCCGCUUACUGGUUGAAAGAUGUUUGGGUUCGGUUGGGUUUGAACCCCAACGAUAAGGAAAGCUGGCACAACCCUGCCGUUCCAGAAGAUCCAUAUGGCGUAAAAAUCCAUAUGCCUGCUCAAAGAACAGUCAAAGUUAGCGAAUUCGCACCUAAAGCUUGGGGAGCCAUCUGCGACUUAGUUGGUGGAGAGGAAAAAAUUGUUGAGGAAACGAAAUAUUGGCGAGACAAUUUUAUCGUCAACCUGGGCCAUAGACCCACUGACAGAGCUCCGGACAUAGAUGAUCCAAGGGCACUCGAGAAUUGGCAUUGUGAUGGGGAUCAAUUUACACACUUUCUGGAUUCUCCAGAUCAAGGAGUGGUCAUGACUCCUAUUUGGUCUGAUGAAGUUAAGCAUCUAGGUGGACCAACAUUUCUCGCGCCGGAUUCCAUUGAUAUAGUCGCACGUUUCCUUCAUGACCACCCUGAGGGAUUCAAGCCAGGCUCAGGAGUUUUUGUUGGAAGAGAUAUUGCACAGAUGUGUAAUGAUUUCGUUGAAUGCGUUGGAAAAGUUGGCGAUGUUAUCAUUUGCCAUCCAUUUAUGUUGCACUCUGCGUCACACAAUACUCUGCGAAUCCCUCGGUUUAUUACAAACCCAACUGUCAUUCUCAAAGAACCUUUUAGAUUCGACCUCCCAUUGGAACAAUUAUCCCCCAUUGAGAGGAAAACCAUAAAAGCUUGUGGGAAAGAUGGCCCUUUUAAGUUUGAAAUUGUGGGCGAGCGUCUCCGUUUCCACGGACAGCGCUACAAGUAUUGGAAUGACAGUCACGAGCAAGAGCUAGUUAGACUCAAUGACUACGGAACUGCCGACCAUUUUAUUGACAAUGCAGGUAUCAUUGCCAAUGAUUACAGAUCAGCGAAAGAAAUCAUUGGUCGUUAA